UUAAGGCGAUUUGAAGGCUCGCCGCGUGUGAGUAUUUACCAUCAAACAAUUAAAAAAAAAAAACGCUGAAAAACAGCCGGAAGUGGACAAGAAACGUUGUAAACAAUUGGGGAAAGCCGUGUGAUACUCGCCUUCAGCAUUAUUAGUCUUGUGUUACGUUGUAAUGUGCUUUUAAAGAGAGUAAAAUGAGCCAACCAAGUAGUGAACGCGAAACAUUCGACGAGGAACUCUUUGAGACGCGACUGGAGGCUCUGAAGGACACACAAGAGGGAAUUCAGCAGAUGUCUAACUGGUGCCUUCAGCAUCGCAGUAAUCACAAGAAAAUCAUUCAAUGUUGGCUAAAUGUGUUUAAGAAAGUGCGUGUGGACCAUCGGCUAGUUCUAUUCUAUCUGGCCAAUGAUGUUAUACAGUAUAGCAAGCGGAAACGAUAUGAGUUUGUCGAAUGCUGGGCAACGGCCCUCCAAAGAGCCACAACCAUGGUGCGGGACGAACGUGUCAAGGAUAAAAUUCUACGCAUCUUUCAAAUCUGGGAGCAGCGUGAAAUCUACAAUGAGGAAUACCUAAGCGAUCUGAGUGGACUACUAAAUAUAGCGCCGCCAAAGAAGUCCCAAAUCGAUGUGAGCGAUGAAUUCCAAAAUGCCACCCUUAUUGCCCAGAUUCGGGAAUGCGUUGAGCUAAGCGAGUCCACCGACAAAAGCAUGAAUAAGCUGCCGAAGCCGCCGAUAUUCGAAAUCGAAACCAUUAAGCAGCAGUUGAAGGACAAAAGCCAUUCGGGCGAUAUUGAGAAAGAAGUAGAACGCUGUGUUGCCUUUAUCAAUACGUACAACAAGAACCUUCAAAAUGAGAUCAAGAGUCGCAAAGCGGUCUUGGAAAGCUUGGAGGCGGCCAAAAAGUUCUACGAACAUCAGGGACGAGAAGUUAAAGUGGUGGCGAGUGCCUACAAAAGUUUUGGAACUCGCAUCAAAAUAGUGAAAAGAAAGUUAGAUGAAAUUAUACCAACUCUUUCAAGUCCAAUACCCUCGCCGGAUAUCAAUGCACCAUCGCCGGAACGAGAUGCCGAUCUCCAGCUACCUGAUGAGAAUAAUACGAAUGUGGGACUGAACAUGUUUGGUGGCGAUUUGAAUGGGUUUUCCAGCUAUUUGGAUGGUGGCAAGCUGCCCUUUGACAUAAACGAUUUCAAGCGAGAUACACGUGAUCGAGGGAGUGCCAUUGAAGUAAUUGGCUCUCGUUCAGAUGAUGAAGGAGGCUACACGCCGGGUGCCAAUUUCUAUACUAGCAAUAACAACAGCACCAACAAUGGCGGCUCCAUUCCCGGCCUGUCUGUGGCUAGCGGCGCUGUAGAGUACAAUCCCAAUCAGGCGCAUUAUGGCAGCGCCUUGCCGCCGCCUGUGCCGCCUCUUCAUCAGGAACAGUAUGUGCCACCACCUCCCCCACAUAGCUAUGGAGCGGGCGGAGGCCAGGAGAGCAGUCCGUAUACACCCGCACCCACAAUGGCACCGCCCCCACCAUUACCGCCGGCACCACCGGUCGUGGGAUCCGAUGAUUUCAACAGCACCUGGGACAUGAGUAUGUCGUGGACGCCAAUGGACAACAGUCUCAAUAGCAGUGCAUCCAGUAGCUCCGCCUAUGCAACCCAGGCAACGCCGCACUCGCCGCCCCAUUUCGAGCGUAAAGGCACUGCUGCUCCCCAGAUUGAGUACAAUGAGCAUCAUCACAAUCAGAAUGCAGCUCUAGGCACCGAGGAUGUGGAUCAUCGCUCGCUCCAGCUGCCGCCGGCCUUUAGUUUCGGGGCAAAGCUAGGUUUGAGCAAGGACAAAUCAAGGCAGCUGGUGGAUAUCGAUCACAGAAACUUAAUAUCGCUGACAGGUUCUCCCGGUGGAGCCGAUAAGGACUUUGGUGAUACCGACGUAGACUACAGGACUGUGCCAGGUUCAAAUGAGGAAGGCCUUAUGGCUCCUCCAGGAUCAAAUUAUGGAAAGAAAACGACAAACUCUCCACAAAAGUCAAAUGCGAGUUCUUCGUCAGAAUCGGAUCGAGUGGAUGGCUCGGGACGGUACGAUCCGGCUGAUAUGGUAGUGGAUAUGGACAUGUCGGAUGACGACAUUGACGAAUCCCUGAGAGAACCCAAAGAUGACCUUCACAUGGAUAAUCCGGAUGCCGAAACAGAUGCCAAUGGCUCUCUAACACCCUCCCGCCCUGUGUUGUUGGAAACGCCGUCAGAAUUUUUAAAUCCUUGGGAGUCGAACAACAGUUUUCUAGGUACAAUGCAGGACAUGCCCCCAGAUGAACAGCAACACGGUUCACUACCACCUCAGCAACAGCCAUGGACCCAAAUGGCCAUGCAUGGUGGAUCGGGUCCGACUGCACCACCACCGCGACCGACCUAUGGCACUCCAUUUCCGUUUCAACGUUUUAAUUCACCGAUGAACAGUUCUGAUAGUAUGUCACGGGGACGCGGAAGGGGUCGCGGAUGGUCGGGACAAGGAAACUUUAGACCACCCUAUCAACGCAUGCCAAAUGCCGGUGCCGGAUUUGAUGCUGGUAACGCUCCAGGUCCACGCCCCUUCUUUCACCGUGGCGGCGGCGGUGGUGCAGGGGUAGGUGGAGGUGGGCCCGGCAAUUCUGGACCAAUGCGGGGGCGUGGUCGCAUGCGUGGUAAAGCUUGGAUGAUGUAAUUACGUAUUUUAGACUUACACACAUACAGAAACACACCUAAAGGUUUUAGUAUAUAGUUUUUAUCUCAAUUCGAUUCAAUGUAUCGCAACGUAUGUACAGAUCAACAAAUCAUUUACCCAUCGACACUCUAAGUUUACCCACGAUCUGCAAUAGGUUGACUAAUUGAAGAAUUUACCAAAAUAAACUAUAUGUCUCUGUCUCUUCAAUAUAACUUCGCUGGCCAAUAAUAAAUCUGUAAAAGCCCCAGAAUAACGUA